UUUUUUUUCCCUAUAAAACCCCCUGCUAGUACUCCAUCCCUUCAACCAUCCAAGUAAAUCAAACACAACGUUACAGUCUUAAAAAACACAAUAUUCACUUCUCAGUUCAAAGGAUAUAUACCACUAGAUUUUACAUCAUUAACUUCCAAUUCAAUAUGGCACAAACAAAAAUGGUGAUGGGUCUGGUUCUGGUGGUAAUUGCAAUACUCUGUGCCGGAGCUGCAGCACAAUCAAGUUGCACUAGUGUGUUAGUGAACCUGUCACCGUGCCUCAACUACAUCACAGGGAACUCCUCAACCCCAUCUUCAGGGUGCUGCUCACAGCUUGCCAGUGUUGUGAGGUCACAACCACAGUGCCUGUGUCAGGUUCUUAACGGCGGAGGAUCAUCACUGGGAAUCAGCAUCAACCAAACCCAGGCUCUGGCCUUGCCUAGUGCUUGCAAUGUGCAGACCCCACCCACCAGCCAGUGUAAUGCUGCUGCUACACCAGCAGAUUCUCCUAAUUCGGAUCCAUCAGGCACCGGAUCAAGAACCGUGCCCACACCAGACGAUGGCUCCUCCAGUGGAAAUUCCAUCAAGUUAUCAAUUCCUCUGCUGUUCAUUGUUUUUGCAGCAACAUAUGCUUCGACUUUCUGAACAUGCUGAUUCUAUAAUCAGUUGGCUUUUCAUUUUGAGUGCUAUUUUUCAGUUGUUAAAGAUUGUGGUCUAUUUUAGAUGUAUUCAUUUUUGUAAUCAAUAUUUGGUUACAUUGUUUUGUAUUGUGAACUGAGAGAGAUAUAUUUAUAUGUACUCUCCCCUUCAUCAAUAAUCAUGGAUUGUAUAAUUAAGUUGUUUA